AAUGAAAGCAAAUUUUACGUCGAAAAGUUUAAGUAGACUUUAGGAGAGUUAACUUGGGUGUUGUUUUUGAUAUAUUUGUUUGACAGUUCUACUAUGGCGUUUUCCCUGAGAGAAAAUCCCAGACUUCUUAACUGCCUGGACUCUGACAUUCCAGCAUUGUCUACAUGCAGCUAUGCAGAUGCAUUCUGCAGGAUGAACACCAUGCUGGACAAUUCACUGGACCUCAGUGAGGUGUGCACAUCUCCUACUGCCAAGUGCAAGCGAGAUCUCUUUAAUGAUCGUCCGGACUCGGACCUCUCUGCGGUCCGAAGCAGGAUGCUUUUUCCCAGCAGUGGCCAGGAUUCAUCCAGGGGUCUGCCUGAUAUCAAUAACUGGGGUCUGGGCCUACAGUCCCUCAGCCUGUCUGACUGGGAGAGACCGUGGAGCAGCGACGAUACAGAACCUUCACAGAACAACACAGCCUCCCUGCAAGAGAUCUUGGGUACUUCCAGCCAGUGUUCAAACAAGCUUCCAAGCUACUCCAAUGAGUCCUCCAUUGGUGCUACAGACUUCCUAGAGAAGUUUCCAGGUAUGGCACGGUUAAAUUCUCAGUCUUUCCUGGACUCUCACUCCAUCAGCCCAGUGGACUCUGAGACCAGCGGCUUCAGCUCUGGUUCUGAUCACCUCUCAGACCUGCUGUCAUCUUUGAGGAUCUCGCCAACUGUGCCCUUCCUUAUGUCCAGUAUGCAAAGGGAUCCGCUUAAGCUAGCUCUGAGCUCUCGUUUGGACCACAGCGGCUCUUCCCUCUCUCCACCACCCAGUGCCACCCCAACGGGUGGUCUGUCCCACCGCUGGCCUGGUGCCUCCAUCUGGCCCAACUGGGACCUGAUGAAGACCCCUGAGAGCCCCUUUAGCAUUGAAAGAGAGGCCUGGCUUCACAGACAGGCAGCCUCGAUUAAUGAAGCUACUUUCACAUGGAGUGGACAGCUGCCCCCCAGACACUACCAAACCCCCAUCUACUCCUGCAAGGUCUUUUUAGGCGGUGUUCCCUGGGACAUUACAGAAGUUGGCUUGAUCAACACUUUUAAAUGCUAUGGCCCUCUAAGUGUGGAGUGGCCGGGUAAGGAUGGCAAGCACCCUCGCUGCCCUCCGAAAGGUUACGUGUACUUGGUGUUUGAGUCUGAUAAGUCUGUGCGUGCCCUGCUCCAGGACUGCACUGAGGACCUGCUUCAUCCUGAGGGUUACAGCGAGUAUUACUUCAAAAUGUCUAGCAGGAGAAUGCGCUGCAAAGAUGCACAGGUGAUUCCUUGGGUGAUUUCUGACAGUAACUUUGUGAGUUGCCCCUCUCAGAGGCUGGACCCUCGGAAUACUGUGUUUGUAGGAGCUCUGCAUGGCAUGCUCAAUGCCGAAGCUCUGGCCAGCAUCAUGAAUGAUCUGUUUGGUGGAGUUGUGUAUGCAGGCAUUGACACAGACAAGCACAAGUACCCAAUUGGCUCUGGGCGUGUAACCUUUAACAACCAACGCAGUUACCUGAAAGCUGUGAGUGCUGCAUUUGUUGAGAUCAAGACACCCAAAUUUACAAAGAAGGUUCAGAUUGACCCGUACUUGGAGGAUGCCAUCUGUCAAUCAUGCAGUCAUGAGCCUGGGCCAUUCUUCUGCAGGGACAAGACCUGCUUCAAAUACUACUGUCGCUCCUGCUGGCAUCGACAGCAUUCCAUGGACAUCCUCAGUAACCACCGCCCUCUGAUGAGAAACCAGAAGAAGCGGGACUCCAACUGAAGCCAUGCAUGGCAGCACUAUGCCUCAGCCUGGUCCUUCAUUGCGCCUGCUCCACCGGGGCACUGCUCCAGAGUUGCCUGCCCCAUCUCUUCCCCCCCCCUCCCCCCCCAAAGGAUUUGGGCAUGGGAAAGCACUGUAGAAAGUUCACUGUUGCACUUUCUUUUAGUUUGGCUUGUUCACUUUGGCACUGUACACCGUGAGAUGGGUUAGCUGGGGCCCAAGGAUGGGAAGACCCAGAGUUUAAGUUGAGAUUCAGGCCAUGGUUGAAGGGGUGGGUUUUUUUUUUAUUUAUUUUUUUCCUCUUCUCUCCCCUUUACAUCGGUUGCUGUUGGUUUUGGUAAAAACAAAAAUCAUUCUAAAGUCUCAUUGUUUAACAGACGGAAGCCAUACAGUGCCUUUUUGCCAAUGUUUUUUUUACUUUUUGAGACGCAACUACAAAAGCCAGAUUUUCAUCAACACUUCAGUUUUAGUUUCUCAGAUUUUUACAUGAACCAGUUUUAAGGUAUGGCAUGGAAAAGUUUGAAUGGCAAUCUACCUGGCGGCUUUUUAAUUUUGCGUGGGGUUUUUUGUUUUGUUUUUUUUUUUCUCCAUGUUGAGUAUUUUUGCCUUAUCAGUGUUCUGUUUGGUAGAACAAGGUUUGCACCAUAAUCCUGCAAAUCUAAUUGCCAAUUCAGAUCAUUUUCAGUGCGUGCCUCCACUAGGCAUUGCUUUUACUGCUCUUGAUCAGAUUUCAAAUCAACUUGUAUUAAUCCAGAAUGAGAAUGGCCAUCGACUGCACGUAGUUUUAUUGCACUUUUUUUAAUUUGCACUUUGUAAAGGGGUAGUUUUUUAAUCACUUGUAUUGUACAUCAGCAGGUGUUAUGGGUGUGAGCCCAAAUGGCUGCUUGAAUUUAAAACCAUUGACUUCCCAAGAAUGUACCAAGAGCCUUAGCAGACUAAAUGCAAAUGUCACUUUAUUCCAUCCUCUACUGUUUGUCUGAAUGGUUAACAUUACUUUUCAGAACUAAGAUUGUCCUCGUCAUGUGCAUUCCAUGCAGAGCUAUUUCCUAAGCUCCUCUGUCAUUCUACCUCAUUGUUGUCUGCCAAGUUUGCUUACAAAUGUGAAGUUCGAUUUUUGACUGGGCACA